UGCAGUAUUAUAGCUACCGUACCUGUAAAUUAAAUAUGGCAGCGCCCACUGGUGAAAUUCACGUGAAGCUUGAAUUCAGUGGUGGAGCAGAGUUAUUAUUUGACAAGAUCAAGCAUCAUGAUGCUGUUUUGAACUGCAGUCACAACAAAUGGACAAUCAAGACAUUGCUGGUUUGGAUCAAAGAUAACCUUCUGAAAGAGAGACCAGAGUUAUUCAUCCAAGGAGACACGGUGAGACCUGGUAUUCUGGUCCUUGUAAAUGAUGCUGAUUGGGAAUUAGUGGGUGAAUUAGAGUACGAGAUACAAAAUAAGGACAAGAUUAUCUUCAUAUCAACCCUUCACGGUGGAUGAGCUGCCUUUGACAGUUUCACUCGGGAAAAUAAAAUUGAAAGUUUAACUCAAAAUAAGAUGGCCUCGGGCGAUGCACAGCCGGCUACCCCCCAAGCCCGCCCUCACAAGUCGGCCAAACCGAAGGUCAAUCCAGCGGCGGUGAGUAUCCGGAAGCGUCAGCCCCGCAGACUUCCGAAGCGCAAGAAUGACAUCUACGUGACUCGCAAGUCUAACUUUGCCAGCCAGAUGGAAAAGUGUGAGAAACUCUUUGACGGGGGAGAGAAAGAGGUGUUCAUUCAUGGUCUUGGUGCAGCUAUCAACAGAGCACUAAACAUUGCUCUUCAGUUGGAGUCCCGAAGUCUUGGCACACUCCAGAUAUCCAUCAGCACUUCCACUGUCAACCUGGUGGACGACAUCGAACCACUCUGCGAUGAAGGGGACUUUGAUACGAGGGAGAGAAGCAACUCUGCUGUCCAUAUUAGAGUGUUUAGGACUGAAAGCAAGAAAAUGGAUGGGCCAAAUAAGUGAUGUGACUUAUAACCAUGGCCAAGGUCUUUUUUGAGAAAGGAUGCAGACAUUCCGUGGUGAUGAUAAAGUUGUAUGAUGAACUAAUCUUUUCUCUCCUUUCUCUGGUUUUAGAAUUUAAGUUUGUAGCAGUGUCAGUUGACUCACCUUUGGUUUUCACUGAAACGUACAUCAGAGCAUAUUAGAUGAUGAUUUGAUCUCAUGGGAAUUAAAACAGUUAAUGGAGGAAUAAACCUUUUAUUCUUCAAAAAUAUGAAUGUUGGUUUAUGGUUAUUCCACAUGAGAGAAACAAUCACCUCAUUUUGUGUUUGAAGGAAAACAAUUAAACUGAAAGUACAGAAUACUCAAACUCUUGGAUGAAAAGAAGCAUAUAAGAAAUAAUGCCAUUAUAAUUCAUGCAAUUUUGAUUGCAAUAGAUAUUUUGUUUUGUGAAAAUUGCUUAAGUUUCUGGUAAUUAUGUUACCAUGGUUAAAUCUAUGAUAGAUCACAUAUUUGCAAGAAAAACAAAUUUGCAUUCUCUUAAAGUAUUGAUUAUGGAAUUAUGAUUUAUGGUAACAGAAAAUAUUUUUGAGACCUAUUUACAAUUAAACAAGAGUCAUUAUUAGGGGCAGUUAGUUUCCAUUUGAACAAAAAACAGCCUAUUCUAUUUCUGAAAACCUGCAAUUCCAUUUCAACCUUGAAAGAAAAUGUAGACGGCAAAAAACUUGAAUUCAAUUUUGUGAAGGUAAAUUCAGUGAAUUUUGCAUGAAAAUUAAAUAACUAAAACUAGUUUUCCACUUUUAUUUUAAUACUGGCAGACAGAAAAUCGAUGUCUCUAAAUUAUGUAAAUGGGAUCAAGUAGUUUUUGCCACACCAUGUUUGAUAUGUGUACAUGAUUUGUAAAGCUCUCAUUAGCUCAAGAGUUCAUGCAAAGAUUAUGACAAAGUUGCAAUGAGUUAACCUGUUGACUUUUGUGAUUCACAUAAUCUUUGUAUAAGGAUUUCAGGAUCUUUUAGCACUUGCUUCUAACUUGCAAUAGUAAAAGAUAAAACAAAACACACAAAACGAAAGCAGUGUAGUUUAGCCAUUUUUGUACAGGUACAUGUACUUGAUUUGAAAAUAAAAUGAAGUCAAAUUUGUUUUUAAAAAAAUCAUGGGAUUAUUGGAAUAACAAAUGCAUUUAUGUAACUUGAUGCUAAAGUGAUAGAUGAUAGGUGGCCCAGUGGAUUAGUCUCCAGACUUUGAAACAGAGAGUCAUGGGUUGAAUCCUAGCCAUGUCAUACUUUCUUUCAGCAAGAAAUUGAUCCACAGUGCGCUGCACUCGACCCAUGUGAGGUGAAUGGGUACCCGGUAAGAUAAAUUCCUUGAACGCACUGAGCACCUUUAGCAGCUGGAGCUAAAUAUGGAUAGUGCGCCAUCAGCUCCUCAUAAAUGCUAUACAUUUUUAUUAUUAUAGAAAUAAAUAACAAUACAAAAAAAGAAAUGAAACAUAACUGUAAUAACCAUAAGACGUUCAAAUCUGAACUAAAUAAUUAUCUUUUUCCCGGUAUUGUGUGAAUGAUAUCUGACAUAUUGUUAGAGUAAAACACCUUUGUCUUGUCACAUAUAAAUGCCACUAUAAAACUGUUGUACAUAAACAUCAGUGUAUAUUUUCUCUCUUGACAUUUUCCCUGUUAGCCAUAGGCUACCCAAUAGACUCUGGAUGAGCCCAAAGACAUAUCAAUAUAAAGCUGUUUAAUACGUAAUAACAAGUGAAGUAUUAUGGCCCUUCGUCACCCGGCUUAUAAUAUACACCACCUGUGAAUAUAAUUCAUACAUCAAUGUGCACAGGUUAGGAGUGAUUCUGUUAACCCUAGUUGUGUGCACUAUAUAACUCACCGCCUCAUUGGUCAGAUCAUUCUCGAGAAUGCGUGUUAUUGGUCAAUCUACCAAUCAAGUUGUGCUUUUAAUACUGUAUGCAUUUUACCACAGGUCUGUGGAUAAUUGAAAGUAAAAUUUUUUCCCAUUUCAAAUACAGCCCAUCAGGAAUAUAUAGCAAAAUUAGUUUGUAUCUUAGUGUUGAUUCUGAGUUUAAAAAAAGGAGAGUUUUUUUAUGUCUCCAUUCAAUUUAACUUUUGUUUUUCAUGUUUUUUAUCAUGAUAUUAUAUAUUCAGUUUCUUUUUGUUAUAUGAAUCAAAUAUGAUAAUGACGAGUUCAACUCUCACAUUAGUUUCUAAUAAAUAUUUGGGAUAUUAUUGAAAAAAA